UAGUGGUUCAACUUAGGAAUAAUGAAAUGUAAAAUAUUCUCCUUCAAAAUAUUCAUUUUGUCGUUUACGUGAUUUUUUGCUGUUACAACACACUCGCAUAAGAAAACGUUGAUCUUAAGAUCGUUUGACAGUACCAGGUCCCUCGUUCUGUUGAAAAUUGAGAUACUUAAAACGAAUUGGAGCGUGCUUAGUGAUAAUUUCGUAUCUCUAUCGCUGAUAAAGCCAGAAUAGUCUGAAUUUCAAAUGAACGAUAAUAAAACUUUGUGCGACAGAGUAACUCCCAGUCGCGUCGGCUAAUCCCAAGUAUUUUUCUGCUUGACGUCUUGGUUUUUAGCUAUCCACAAACUAAAUACGGCCAAUGCGGCGUUUGUUGAGGUCAAUGAUUUCUGUUGCGUUGUCUUUUUCACGCUUUUGACGCUUUUUUGUCCGUAUGUACAUACAUAAGUAUGCACGAAUGUGCGAGCAUAUUGAAUAUUAAUUUUUAAGUUUUUCGGCUUGUGUAAACAUAUUCAGCGAAAUAAGUGGAACCAUCGACCGCUGUAAUGUCGAUUCUGCAAGCCACUGAUGACAUAAUGGAAGAUAUGUAGUUGAAAAGCCAACUAAAAAUGCUGGGUGCUGAGGUGAUUCACGGGGACCAGAAUAUUUUGUAAUUCAAUGAACCUCGUCUAGAGAUAUCUCGAAGGCCUUCUCGAUAAAGUGAUACUCAAUUAGACUAAAAAGAAAUGCAUGUCGGCGGUUAUUUCUUGGGGAAAAUAAAUCGAAAGAGGUCCAUAAAUAUAAUGGGGAAACCGACGAGUUCUUUCAGUAGAAGACUCAAGACGAAGCCAAUAAAAUGUCAAAAUACUUGGUGUACCUGUGCCUGUGGCUGCUCUGGAGUUGCCAAAUAAAUGCAGAUAGCUUUGAGGAAUGUGAGGGGGCCGAAGACGAGACAUUCGUGCAAAGUUGGGAGAGUUGUCAGUCCUAUGUGUACUGCCAGGGUGAGGAUUCCGUGAAGGGCGAGUGCGGUGAGGGCGAAUACUUUGAUGCGGCGACGGGGGAAUGUGACGUGGCUGCCAAUGUCCAGUGCUUUCUGGACGAGGUCGAUGAACCCGCGGACCCGGAACCGGAACCGGAAGCAGAGGAGAAGGAGGAGAUAGUGCCCGCCACCCCGAGGCCAACUGAUCCACCGACUGUCCCACCAACCGAAGUGGAUAUCCUUGACAUAGCCCCCGUGGUGAAGCCCAACUGUCCGAUCAGCGAUGAUCCUAGUCAGGUUAUCUUAAUGGCCAGCAACGAAUCGUGCGCCAAUUACUACCUAUGCUAUCAUGGACAUGCCAUGGAAAUGCAUUGCCCCAAUCAGUUGUAUUUCAAUUCGGUUUCCGGACAGUGCGAUUAUCCGGAGAAAGUUCAGUGUGCGCUGGAAGAUCCGCGAUCUCACAAGUGCCUGCCUCACAUGACCGAGUUCUUUCCACAUCCGGACAACUGCAAUUACUUCUACUACUGCAUCAAGGGUUUCCUCACCCUCCAACAGUGCCCCUUCUACUACGGUUGGGAUAUCGAACGCAGGAGUUGUGUGCAGAUAAGUGUGGCGAAAUGCUACGGAAACUCCCGACGAAUAUAGGCCGGAAACUUCCCCACGCUUCGA